UUGAUGGUUGUUGUGAAGUGGCUGAAGGACCAGUUUCCAUUCUGCUUUGCUAAUGAAUUAUAAUUAAUUAAUAAUUUGACAAAUUAUAGCACUUGGUGUACAUAUGCAUCAUAUACCCUGAUACCUAAUCCUUAUUCAAUCAGUGCUUGGGUCUUUGUUCAGUCGGGCUGAGCUCUGCUGGAUAUCUGCAUAGAUCAAAUGAUUCUGCAAAGUUCAACAUGAAAAAAUAGACUUUGUUAAAUUAAAAUAUAUCUUCGCAGUAGUAAUGAAGAAACUACUGAGGUGGAACUAUGUAAUUGACACAAAGUUAUGUGCCCUCCUACCAAUCCAGAAUAAACUUGGAGUUAAACAUCCCACCACUGUACCAGCAUAACUGUUACCAGUUUAAUGGGUAAAAAUUGUAAUUAGUUGAAAUAUAAUUGUAGUGUCCUUCACUGUACCUAUCCGGCAAGAACUCCUUGUUGGGACAUGUAUCAUGUGGUGUUUAACGCAAGGUCGUUUUAAUUGACAGGAGAAAUUCUUGAAGUCAGAAAAGUUUACAUAUGAGAAAACUGUGUGAGUGUGAGAGAGAGCUGUCGCUCGUUGAUACUGAGGUCUAGUAUGGGAAUAUUUUUCAUUCUCUAACUCUAACAAUCUUAAAUAAUUCACUGACACAUGAACACUAACUGGACUGAUUUCUGAAAGGAUCGAAUCUCACUUUAUGGCAUUUCCCUUUGAAAAUAUUGCUACCAUGUCUUAUUGAGGAUGGUAAAUGGCUUUGCUACUGAUUUCAUUGGGCAAUAUUAUUUUAUUGUACUUGGACUUCACUUUUAAUGUACUCAAGAUAUAAAGUCUUCCCUGUAAAAGCAUGUAUUGUGGCAGAUUUAAACCAAUUGCUAUUGGUGAAAUAAACAAACAAAUUUUACGACAAACGAAUUUCUGCCUGCAUUAACCCUCUGCUUUUAAAUGACUUCACUGAAUAAGCAGAUAGAAGAAUGUCGUACAAAUCUGUUAAGUGUGGCUUUACCAACAACAAUAGUAAUUCCGAGGCUGUGGUAUCUGUUGUUGGAGGAUCUUCCCUCCCUGGUUAGCAUUGGCAUAAAUAUUACAGAGCACAUUGUGUCAGCCCCAGAAUUGUUAGGGGUGGCGCAGCGGUAGAAUGUUUACAGAGCCGGAGACCUGGGUUUGAUCUUGACUAUGGGUGCUGUCUGGACAGAGUUUGUACAUUCUCCCCGUGACCGUGUGGGUUUUCUCCGAGAUCUUAAGUUUCGUCCCACACUCCAAAGGCGUGCGGGUUUGUAGGUUAAUUAGAUUGGUAUAAUUGUAAAUUGUCCCUAGUGUGUGUAGGAUAGUGUUAAUGUGUGGGGAUCGCUGGUCGGCGUGGACUCGGUGGGCCGAAGGGCCUAUUUCCAUGCUGUUUCACUAAACUAAAAAUCUUAUUGUGAAUGGUCUUCCCAGCUAGAAUUCUUAAGAUCCUGUAACUCCAAAGCAGCACACCUCUGUUUGAUGCAAUGUUUGCAUUGCAUUGCUUUUGGGUAGUGUGGAUGAGGUGUAAGGAAUAGGCUUCCAAUGCCCACUGUCUGUGGCAUGUCUAAUGGCUACACAGCUUCUUCCCUGCAACCAUCAGGCUCUUGAACACCACAACACACAUCUUGGCAGCCAUUGGCUUUGGUUGCACCAUGAACUUUAGUUUUUGAAUUGUUAUGGUUACCUAGUAUUAUGGUUAUUAAUUUAUUGAAUGUUUUGAUUAUUAUAUAUUUAUGCAUAUUGUUCUAUGGGCCUGUAAAGCUGCUGGGAAUAAGAAUGUCAUUGUUCUUUUGUCAUAGAUAUGACAAUCAAACAUUUUGGAUUAGUUAGAAACAUCAUAAGCAUAUAUAAACCCAUGGUUAAUGUCAACAAAGGAGAGAAGAAUGAACUUUUUUUGCCUUCCAUCACAGUGAGGAAUGUGGGGGAGUCGCUGUGGUGGAUGUUCAUGUUAAACAUUUAUUUGGGUGUCUUGUUGUUCUUUAUUGGUGUGAUUGUAUGGCAAUCUGAAUUUCACUGUACCUUAAUUGGUACAUGUGACAAUAAACAAAUUUUGAACCUUGGUAUAUUUGAAAAUGUUUGCUGUUGAGUCUUUUCUUGCACAAAUUGUUAUCCUUUAUCUUUGCUCCACCAUGGUUUACUUUCUUUCAUGGUUGCUGAAGUGGAGUCAAUGCUAUGGUUUAAAAAAAAAAAAAAAAAAUCAGUAGAAAUGAGGUGCAGUAAUUGGACCACACCAAUAAAUGACUGGACUCGGUAACAUUUUGGGGUUUCAUGGCUCUGAUGAGUUUCAAUUUUCUCUCAUGGCUGUAAUCUUUUCUUAUUAACCUGUUCCCAGAUCUAAUUAAUUCGGUGCCUUCAUGGUCUCAAUAUUCUCAGGCUCUUGUUCGAAUAUGUUCUCAGCCUCAAUGUACUUCUGUUUAGUGAUACCUUCCUGACCUGGAUAUGCCUUCCCGUGACGAAGCAGUUUUCAGCAGUAUCUAUGCCUUGAUUGUUAAUUUUUACCUUAAUUUUGAAAUGGCUGUGUUUAUUUAUCACCAUUAUUUAAAAUACCUUGGUCAUUCUCUAAUACCAUAAUGUUAAUGCCUUGGUUGUCAUCGUCGUCUAACAUGUUGCGGUGGAGAGGCAUGCACUGCGGACGAUCUCCGUAGAGGCACAGAUGUGGCACUGGCUGUGGCAAAGCGAUGGCAGAACCUUGUCUGAAAAACGAGCGAGUGAAUGCCUUGGUCAUUCUCCUCAAUGUUACGUAACCACUUUACUGCUCGGCUACCGUUACUCUGUCCUGCUUUACUUUGUUUAGCCUUGCAUUAAGAGAGUAGAAGGCCUUGCUUUCUACAAUGGAAAUGCCUUGCUGCGCUGAUUGACUUAGUGUACUUGUGCUGAAUGAGUCUCAGUGUAAUGGGAGCUGCUGCUUUUUCAUUAGAUCAUAAGUAAUAGAAUUAGGCCAUUCGGCCCAUCAAGUCUACUCCGCCAUUCAAUUAUGACCGAUCUAUUUCUCCCUCCUACUCCAUUCUCCUGCCUUCUCUCCAUAAUCCCCUGAUCCCCGUACCAAUCAAGAAUCUAUCCUUAAAUAUAUCCACUGACGGCCACCACAGCCUUCUGUUUUUCCUCCACACCUGCUUUUCUCACCACUCACAUGAGCCCCAACUCAUCCUCAUAGUUCUCUCCACUGCUCCUGCCACCUGAAAUGGUGUUUCCACUCGCAUUCUAUGCCAGAUAAAAUUACUUGCCAUUUAUAGAUGCCAUUUCCACAAAUGUCAGCUUUCAUGCCUGUUAGAUGUGGUAAGUAGGGUAAAUUUGACAGGAUACACGGGGAGGUGAGGCACAAACUCUAAAGACCAGUUGUCCAUAGUGCAGAGCACGCAAAUACAUUCACCGAGUCAUACUGAGUUGCAUUGUAUGGAACAUGGCCCUUUGGCCCACCAAACCCAUUUUAACCAUCCAGUGCCCCUAACAAUCCCAUUUUAUUCUCCUUGCAUUCCUCUACCUCCCCUUUUACCCCAUUCUACCACCCGCCCGCACACGAGGGCCAAUUUAUAUUGGGCAGGAAACGUGUGAACCGGACCAUCUAGGAAAUAUCCACAGUCACAAGGAGAGCGUGCAAACUCCACACAGAGAGCACCAGAAGUCGGGAUUCAUCCACUAGAUGCGCCACCGUGCCACCCUUGUUGUUUAUUCCAAAGCCCUUCAGAAACUGCUUCCGGAAUUUUCUACACACCUUGUUGUAAUCCCGAGAACAGUUAGUCACACGACACCCGUUAAAGCAACAAUAAUUAAUCCCUCUCAAUGGUGUACAUCCCAUAUUGCUGAAAGUUAGCCUUUGGAAGUGUGUUUUAUUCCGCAGUUGCACAUGUCAGACUGAAAGAUGCCUCUAUUAUAGAACUAACUGCUGCCAUGUGGCUUGGGUGUUAUUUUCCGUUACCCUGUACAAUAACAUGUUGGAUAUAUUCCCCAGAGCUGGUGUGUGCAGCCUGUGGUUGGUUGUGCAUUUGGCAUUUUGAUCCGUUGACUAUAACGGAUAAUUUGUUGGUUCGUUGUGAUUUUGUCUGUCUGUCUGUCUGUGUGUGUGUUUGUGGAGAGGAUGACUGUCAAGAGGAGAGAGCCGGGGAGGAAGAGGCGCAGCGAUGAACCCGCCUAAUGAGUGUUUGCGAGGCGUCACUCCGGGACGCAGCCGCUCGCUGCUGUAACAGCGCCGAUAUAAGCCAGGGCUUGGCUGCGAUGUCUGUGUGACAGCGAUCAGCCGCUGGCUCCCCGACAGCAGACGGAGCAGCGAGAGUGUGUGUGUGUGUAUUCCUGGUCUUCCUUGUAUGGAAACUGGUGCUGGACCGAGAGAGGGGAGUCGAGCAGCCGGGUGACUCUGGGCGGUGCAGCGGGGCACCACCGGCGGCCGGCGACACCCAGGACAAAUCUCGAACCCAAAAGAGAACAACAACAAGAACAAAACACAAAACUCGGCUCUUGUUGUGGAGAUCGAACCGGGGCUGAUGGCGGCUCCUCACAUCACCUGCUAAUGUUAUAGUUUGAGAUCACUACUGUUUCCUGCUCCGGCUGGAACCUCCUUCCCCUCUCUCCCUGACAUCAACUUGGGGCAGAUUGAUUUAUUUUAGGGGGAUUUAUACACCCCUUCCCCCUUCCCCACCUCGCACCUUGUUUGUGAGAUACAUUCACAGUGGAAGAUGGCUGCGUCCAGGAGCUCAGCCUGCCUAAUAGCAGUUAUACAGUUGUGCCUGAUGCUAUCUUGCACAUCACAAGAAAGCUUUCCACCAGCAAACGAUAUUCGGUCCUGGGCGGAGAAGAUGAAGGAGGAUCUUGUGAAGUUGGUCCGUAGUGCCAGUGGAGUCGAUCAGCUGGAACAGAUUUACUUAAGAAACAGACAACACUACACCAUCGAAUCGAAUGACGCGCAGGGUUUGGUCGAGAGUGCAGCCAGAGAAAUCGAAAAGCUGCUGAGCAACAAAGUGAAGGCCCUAAAGAGACUGGCAGACGCAGCAGAGAAAUCUCAGCAAAAACACAUGUGGAAAGAAGAGUUUGAGGAUAAUGAUGUUGUAUACUACAAUGCAAAAGAUGACCUGAUGAGUGUGUUAAAGCAAGACUACAGAUUCAGGAGGUUCAAGUCUGAUAGAAAUGAAAGCCGCCAAAGGAUCAAACCUGACUUUCAAUUCAACCAAGACUUCCGUCGUCGUGUGGACUUCAACAACACCGCAGUCCACAUCCCCACCGACAUCUACGAGGGCUCAACUAUUGUUUUAAAUGAACUCAACUGGACAGCUGCACUCGAGCCUGUGUUCAAGCAUAACAAGAUGGAAGAUCCUACAUUAAUGUGGCAGGUUUUUGGAAGUGCAACCGGCCUGGCUAGGUAUUAUCCAGCAUCGCCCUGGGUGGAUCUAACAAAGUCUGCCAACAGGAUUGACCUGUACGAUGUCCGGAGAAGACCAUGGUACAUUCAGGGAGCUGCUUCACCCAAGGACAUGCUGAUUCUUGUAGAUGUGAGCGGCAGUGUCAGCGGACUGACAUUGAAACUAAUUCGGACGUCGGUUUCCGAAAUGCUGGAAACGCUCUCUGAUGACGACUAUGUGAAUGUGGUUUCUUUCAACAACAUAGCAAAAUCUGUGAGCUGCUUCAGACACCUUGUGCAAGCUAAUGUCCGAAAUAAGAAGGUCCUCAAAGAUGCAGUUAAUCAAAUACAGGCGAAAGGAAUCACUGAUUAUAAAAAAGGCUUUACAUUUGCUUUUGAGCAGUUGAUGAAUUUCAAUGUAUCCCGAGCGAAUUGCAACAAGAUCAUCAUGUUAUUUACAGAUGGCGGGGAAGAACGAGCCCAAGAAAUCUUUACAACAUACAAUCAGGAGAAACAAGUGCGAGUGUUCACUUUUUCAGUUGGUCAGCACAACUACGAUAAAGGGCCGUUGCAGUGGAUGGCCUGCACUAAUAAAGGCUACUUUUUUGAAAUCCCUUCCAUUGGAGCAAUUCGUAUAAACACACAGGAAUAUUUGGACGUACUGGGGAGACCGAUGGUUUUAGCCGGCACAAAGGCGAAGCAAGUUCAGUGGACCAACGUGUACCUGGACGCACUGGAACUCGGUCUUGUUAUCACAGGAACUCUGCCAGUCUUCAACCUAACGAAAGAUGCUAGUGGAAACCAGAACCAGUUGAUUCUUGGCGUAAUGGGCAUUGAUGUAUCUCUAGCUGAUGUAAAGAGGCUCACACCGCGUUACACUCUUGGGCCUAAUGGAUACUAUUUUGCAAUCGAUCCUAAUGGUUAUGUAUUGCUUCAUCCAAAUCUUCAGCCUAAGUCAAUUGGUGUCGAGAUCCCAAAGGUUAAUUUAAGAGAGAGACAUCCGAAGGCACAGAAUCCCAAAUCUCAGGAGCCCGUCACUUUGGAUUUUCUAGAUGCUGAACUGGAGAAUGAAAUUAAGGUUGAGAUACGACAUAGCAUGAUAGAGGGACAAAAUGGUGAGAGGACCCUCGACACACUCAUCAAAUCUUACGAUGAGCGAUAUAUUGACAAAGGGACUCGAACAUACACUUGGACUCAUGUGAAUAGUACAGAAUAUGGUUUGGCUUUGGUGCUACCACCUUAUGGUUCUCACUACAUCAAAGCCAAAUUAAACGAGGCUAUCAUCCAGGCUCAACAAUUACAGUCAAUAAUGCCCGAUAGCUUCGAAACUGCAGGAUAUGUAUAUCUCGCACCAAGGGAAUACUGCCAUGGACUGACUCCUUCAACCAACAACACAGCGUUCCUGGAGAACUUUAUUAAUCUUAUCGACCGCCAGACUCCCAGUUCACCGAACUGCAAGACUGAUCUGAUCUUUAAUCUUUUGCUUGAUGCUGGAUUUACAACUGAGCUGGUUAUAAACUAUUGGAACAAAACAAGGCCAGCUGGAGUUCUUGCCAGAUUCGUAGCAACUGAUGGUGGUAUCACACGAAUUUACCCUAAAAGUGCUGGAGAAGAGUGGACAGAAAAUCCUGAGACCUAUGAAGCAAGCUACUACAAAAGAAGCCUUAACAACAACAUGUACAUCUUCACUGCCCCUUACAUCAACAAAACCUGGGAUGGAAUACAGAGCAGCGUAGAAUCUGGCAUCAUGGUCAGCAAAGCGGUCGAACUCAAAAUUGACGGAAAACAUCUGAAGCCUGCAGUAGUUGGAGUGAAGCUCGACGCGGCUGCCUGGAUGGAAAACUUCACAAAAGUAGUUAGUAAGAGCAAGUGUUACCGAGAGAUCUGUGACUGCACAAAGAAUAGCCAGCACUUUGACUGUGUUAUAUUGGAUGAUGGUGGAUUUCUGCUAAUGUCAAACCAAGACGAUUACAACACAAAGAUUGGCAAGUUCUUUGGUGAGAUUGACUCAAGCUUGAUGAGACGUCUUCUGAACACAUCCCUAUACGCCUUCAACAAGUCCUAUGAUUUCCAGUCAGUGUGUGAUCCAGAAAGUGAGACAAAAGCAGCGGCAGGACUUCGUUCUGUCUACGUUCCCAGCAUAGUCGAAAUUUUGAAUAUAGGUUGGUGGGCAUCCACUGCGGCAUGGUCUCUGCUGCAGCAGCUAUUCCUCACCCUUACCUUCCCACACUUUCUGGAAGCAGUUGAUGCAGAUAUCGAUGAUUUCUCCGAACUCUUAUCAAAGUCAAGCUGUAUCACUGAACAGACUCAGUAUUACUUUUAUGACAAUGAAUCUUCCUUCAGUGGACUUGUGGAUUGUGGCAACUGCUCAAGGCUUUACCAUGCAGAGAAACUCUCCAACACAAAUCUGGUGUUUUUACUGGUGGAGAGUAAGCAAACAUGUCGGUCAUGUGACACAAAGUCUCUCAUGCAAGCAGAGCAAAAAUCUGAUGGACCAGAUCCUUGUAUUUUAGCUAAGAAUCCCAGACAUAGGAAAGGUCCCAAAGACUGCUUUGAUUCUGAUGAGCGUGAUGAGCCUAUAUGCACAACAAGUCGUGCCCCUGCCGUGGCGUCAGCUCCUCUCUUCAUUUUACUGCAAGUUUUGAUGUGGUGCGGAGGGAGGAUGACACUGAGUGUGGCGGGAGCUCUAGUCUGAGCCCAUCCUUAUGGUCAAUGAUAGGAAUCCAGCUUGUUCUGCUCUGGCUGCUAAGUAGUGCCAGGCCUUAUCCAUCAUGACCGCAGAGAACGGACAUCCAUCUCAGCUUUCUAGAUCCACCACUCUGUAGCCUUGGAAACUUUUGUCCCCAGGCAGUAGAAGACUGACCAUAUUCAUAUCCUGGUGUAUCACUGUGUGAAAGAUUCAUCUAUGACUCUCCAUAUGAAGAAUGGUUAAGAUGCUCCAUUGACGAGUUUAAAAGAAAUUUAACGGUCAUACAAUGGUAGCAAAUUGGAUUGUCAGUACUGAAACCUGCCAGGCAACCUAUGGGAACGUUAAUGCAUUUAUACAAAAGAAACAAAUGAUUAAAAAAAUCUAGAUUUACUUAUCAGGUUCAUUUUUUUGUUUAGCCGACUUGAAUUCGGAUGAAGGAUAUUUUUAGUUCAUGGCUUACAUUGGCUGCCUGUAACUAAUUUGAACACCAUUUAAAUGGGCAGGUAACAUGUAAGCAUGGCCACCUGUCCUAAUGGUAAUAUACAUUGGAAAGCUUAAACAUUAUGAAGGAGUAAUUGCAACCAUUUCAAGCACCAAAGGCCACUGAUUAUUCCGUGGCUUUAUAUACCAUUAUGUUAUCAUUUGCUGUUCUGUUACCAAAGGAUGCCUGCUGCCCUCAUUUCCUCCCAUUAAGCCAUAAUUCAAUGCCUGACGCCCUUCAUGUUUGCUGAAGCAAAUGCUUAAUGAUUGUUGUACCCCACAUAAGAAAUAGUGCUAAGGCUUGUGAAUGAAAAAGCUGUCAUUGUGGCAAUUGAGUUUGGACACUGAUGCUUUUUUUGCAUGAGAUGCUGCUACUAUUUUCUCUUUUUGUUUCAAUAUUGGAGUAUAGUUAAUGUGCAAGGGCGAUUGAGUGAGUGAAAUGUUGUUGAUGUGGAAUUUAGAUAAUAUGAUGUGAUAUAACUGUUUCACUUAAAGCAACUGAAUAUUGUCAAACAUACCUCUCUCAAAGUGCAGUGAACAGGCUGAAAGAUUGGGAAUGAUACUAAAAGCCAUUCCAAAAUUUAGAUUAUAUAUUUUUGAAUGGCUAGUAUUAAUUUGAAGGCUGGAUUAUGACAAUCUACUUCUGAGGAAUAUCUGUAACAUGAGAAAUGUGAGUUGUGUUAGUCAUUUAAUUGAAGUACAGGAAAAUUCCCAAAUUGUUUGGAAUGCAGCAAAUGAAAUUUGAAUUUAUUCCAAAAUAGAUUAAGCUGAAAUUUGGAAACCAUUUGAUUCUAUGGGGAAAUUAAAGAACAUGAGGCGCAAUUUGGGAUUUCAUAUCAGUCAGAUAAUCAUUGUAUUUACCUACAAAUCAUGCUGCUGAUACCAACCCUAGACAUUGUAAAGACUGCAAAACCCCAAAAGGUGUGCCUUCAAGUUGAAUAGAGCUUUGGGCUAAUAUUAAGGAUUUCCAUUUCACGCUUCAGCUUGACGGUGCAGAGCAUUUACUGAGAGGAUACAAGUUCUUUAUUUCAAUGUAAAAUCAUUACUCCAAAGUAUUUAUUCUGAAAUAUAAUAAUUGCUCUGUCAACAUCAGCUGCCCGGGGCUAUAGGGUGGGAGAAUUUUCCUAAAGUAAAUAAUUCAAAUGACAAAAUAAUUUAAACUGCAUCAGUAAAAAAAAAAAAAGAUGGCAGCAAAUCACUGCAACGUUUUGGUUGUUUGGGUCAUCUAUUUUUAUUCAAAAACAGAGGUACGCUGUAAAACGUCUGCAAGAGCGAUUCAGUAUUUCAUGAUGUGUAAGUAAUAAAAUGUUAAUGUGUACGGAAACAGUAUUUAAUACAUUUUGUGUAAGAGAAGGUUAGUUUUACGGCGCAGCUGGUUAAAAUCACUUUGGGUAGGAUCUUUGAACGAGAUGUUGCCAGAGGCAGCAGCCUGCAAGUGGAUUCUGCGACUUUCAGUGACCCUUUUGCCUGCAGGCUUUAAGUUGUUGGCUUUCUUUGCUGCAGCAUCAAAUUUGCAGAGGACUUCAUUAACUCGGCAUUAAUUGUUUUAUUUCCAAUGGCCCAGAACUUUAUCCACUGCAUUUUUUAGUACGCAGUGCCCAGACCUUGUGUUCUGGUGGUGUUAGGCCAUGAAAAAAUAUACGUUGGAUUUGGGGCACGUCAAAAUAUCGUUAUGGCAUGUGAUCAGUGGGGUACCUCGCAGCCAGGGCAACAGGUUAAGCAAUGGACACAGAUGUUAUUUUAAUUGUAACCAGGUUAUGGGAAUCUAAAAGCUAGACCACUUGCAAUUAGUCAACAUUUUUAAUCUCUGUCCAGGCAGUAUUAUCCUCUGUCCACAUGUUCCCUUGGUGGGUCCAUUUACAGAUUGAUGCCUAAUUCAGCAGUGAGUACAACACUAGCAGUGAGUAAAGCAAAGUAACAUGCCUUGCUAAUAUUUCUCUCUAUUUUUAAAUAUGUCCCAUUUUUAAUUGGUUGAGUAAAUGGCCUGCUAACAGGCACACGUGAACGACCUCAAAUUUUCUUCCUCUUCCCGUGCGGUCUUGCCUCCAUUUGAGGCUUUCUCUGAGCUGAAUGCAAGUAUUCUCUAAUGAGUUCAUUGUUACUCACAUUAGAUCAAAUGUUAGCACUUUGAUUUAAAUCAGUUCAGUUUAGUUCAGUUUAGUUUAUUGUCACGUGUAGCGACGUACAGUAAAAACUUUUUGUUGCUUGCUAACCAGUCAGCAGAAAGACAUUGCAUGAUUACAAUCAAUCCAUUUACAGUGUAUAGAUACAUGAUAAGGGAAUAACGUUUAGUGCAAUGUAAAGCCAGCAAAGUUCGUUCAAGGAUAGUCCGAGGGACAUCAAAGAGAAAGAUAGCAGUUCAGCACUUGUCUCUAGUUGUGGUAGGAUAGUUCAGUUGUCUGAUAACAGCUGGGAAGAAACUGUCCCUGAAUGUGGAGGUGUGCAUUUUUCACACUUCUGUACCUUUUGCCUGAUGGGAGAGGAGAGAAGAGAGAGUGACUAGGGUGCGACUCGUCCUUUAUGAUGCUACUGGUCUUGCCGAGGCAGCGUGAGGUAUAAAUGGAAUCAAAUGCUGUCAUAACAGAGUGAAUUAAUUAUUCAUGUACUUUGGCCAACACUGCUGAUAAAGUUUACAAGUGUGGAGAGAACAAGUGGCAAGACAUUCAAAACAUACAAAGAUGUGCAGCCAUGACAUUUUGGCAACUUUCAGAGAUAACUUUGCACAUCAAGGAGAUUUUAGCUUUUCAUUAAUCUUGGAGGCACAUUUCAAUGAAUUUGUCAUUAAUAUUUCAUGAUUUCAGAAAUAAUGUAUAUUUCCUAUUGUUUUGAAACAUUAUGUUAAGUUUAUUGUAUUUAGGCAUCUUCACCCCAAAUUUUAAAAGUUAUGGAUAAACAAUCAAAUAUCUAUGCUUUGGUCACUUAGUAGCUUACAGUGGAAUUGCUGUAAAUCAUUUGUGUUGUAAAUUUUGUCCUAAACAAUGAGCCAAUUUAACAUUAAGAUUCUGAGAAUUAGAUAUUAGUCAAGAAUGAACUGCAAAGGAAGUAUUUGCCAUCAUUGAGAAUGAAUAUCCUCAGCUCCCAAAUUCACACAUCCGUUGCCAAAAGGUAAUUUACAAUAUACGAGGGAAGGCAUUAACUUUUCUUUGCCAACCUUAAAAUAUUUGGGUUUCACAAAUAAAUUGACCCACCUUGGAUUUUAUUCAACUUCUCGAUGCUUAGGUUUCAAAAUAAAUUGGAAUUAUAAAAAGGGGAUGCUUCUAGCCCUGUGGCACAAUCAGUUUGUUACUUAAAUUUGAUUCUAUAGGCUAAGGUUAGCCUGGUGAGACAUUGUAAGGGAAAUUAGAGUAGAUGCAUAUGCAAUUUAUCACAAGGAAUGGUUUGAUCAUUGCUUUUCUUAUUUACUUGCUUGAAGCACCGGAUUGAUAUGUAAGUGUUUUUCAAGUCUCUUUUUUUGAUGAUAGCUGCAACCUUGCAAAUUAAUUGAUUUCAAUGAAGAGUCUGCCUCUAAGGAUCUGAAUCAAUAUUUGCCCAACAUGUUGCUUCAGAGCAAUUGCAAGCGGUUUUGUGAUUCUAGUAAUCCUCUGAUCAGUCGAAUGUAUAGUUCAUUUCAGAUAUUGUAUAGUAAUCUGUGCUGUCAAAAGGGUCAUCCAUCACUGAUUUGAAGCACUUAAAUUAGUUGUAUGCAAUGAUCCUGAUUCGUUGUUAAUGAUUCUAAUUUGGUUAAAUGGUUGUUUUCCUAUUCACAGAACAUGUAUGCUUCAAAUAUACAUUUAAUAUAUCCUCUUAGCCGUAAUUUUCUGACAUCAGUCGAACUUUUAUUCUGGAGAAACUAUAUUAAACUUUGUCAUUUUCUUCUUGUCCGCACACAAGAUUAGGAGUUGUUCAGCCAGAGCUGAAAUCACUUCUCGGCAUCCGCAUACAAUGAUGCCUGUCUUGUGCUUCUUGUGCGUGGUGGUGGAAAGAUUGGUGGAAACAGGGCCGUGACAUGAACUCUCUUUCCUUGACACCUCGUGGCUUCUUUAUUCAACAUCUCUUGUUUAUCUCUUGUGACUCCUUUUUAUAGAUUCUUGCAUUGGAGGAGUCAUCCUCCCACAUCCACCUUUCUACACUCCUCAGUAUCUUGUUCUUUUUCCACUGAGUCAUUUCUCACUUUUCUAAACUGCUUCUGAUGCAAGUCACCCCUAUCUAACCUUUCCUUAUAUGACAGCUCCCCCAUUCCAGGUACUGGUAGAACAAUCCUUCUUUCAGUUGCUUUCAACAAACCCAAAACUUGUUGCAGAUGCGGGUUUAACCAAAGAAAGACACAAAAUGCUGGGGUAACUCAGCGGGUCAGGCAGCAUUCCUGGAGAACAUGGGCAGGUGACGAUUCAAGUUGGGGUCCUUCUUCAGACUGAUUGCAGUGGAGGGAACAGUGGAGCACGUCUUUUCUAGCUUUCUUUCUCCUCCCUCCCCCACACCUGAAAUAAGUCUGUAGAAGGGCCUCAACCCGAAACACUACAUAUCCAUGUUCUCCAGGGAUGUUGCCUGAGGUGCUGAGUUGCUCAAACCUGCAUCUGGCUUCAAUAACAAGAGCUGAUGUAGCUCCACAUAAGUGAGGGAUAACCUACCUAUCUUUGUGGUGCGUUGACCUAGAAAUAAAGACUAAUAUUUGUGUGGCUUUCCUCUCUAGUCUCCUAGCCUUCGUUUGUGAAUUGUGUCCGUGUAUUUCACUGCUUUCUAAUCUUUCAUGGUUGUGUCAAGUCCUUUAUUAUUUUUACAGCUAGAAUGGACAAUGUUAUAUUUUCCCAUAUUGUGCCCAACUUAACAGAUCUUUGCCUUCUCACCACUUACCCACAUCACUGUGGCCUCCUUAUGUUCUCUUUGCAAUUGACUCCCCCAACUUUAAGUCAUUACAAACAUAAUUAAUGCUGGUCGGUAUAUAAACUGUAAUAAAGUUGAGGCCUAAACAUUGCUCCCUAUGGAAUACCAAUCAUUAUACCUUGUCAACCUGACAAUGUAAAAGUUAAUGAAAUAUGAAGGUUGUCUCACACUCAGUGGCAAAUAUAAUGAUGCUAAUCCAUCACUGAUAGUGUUAACAACCUGCUUCAGGGAAUAAUACUCUGCAAUACCUUUCUGUUUCAUGUUUCUCCCCAAAUUGAUGCAGUAGAUAUCUGUAGAAAGCUGAUACACAGUAAUGAACCGAAAAUAUAUUGGUUUCCAGCUUUACUACAAUCCAAAACGGAACAGGUUAAUUUGUUUUUUUAUUAAUUUUGUUUUUACAUUCAUUAGUUUUUACAUUGCUCCAUCACAUUGCCCUGCGUAAAUCUUACCGUAGGGGAUUUUGUACUGAAGCCAGUAAUUGUUUUAGUUCUGCUUUAUUGGCAGGCACUAUUAUAAUUUGGAUAAUAAGACAGCAUGCCCAAGAAAACCACUACUUGCCUGUGUAAUUGUGGUGCUAGCUCAUUAACUAACCACAACCUUGUUCAGAAAUACUACCCUUGUCAUGUUAUUUCACAUCUAUUUUUAACUAUUGGAGAAAAAUGCUUACAGUCAACAUGUCAUUAGUAAAAUGCCAAAAUGUAUCCAUGAGGAAGUAGAAUAGGUUUUGUUGCAAACUGCCUCCAUGUAUCACUUUUUAGAAUUGUGGCCACUUUAUCGCGAAUACUCGCACAACACAAUGCAUUCACAGAAUAAUCUCUGCUUCUUGGCGUUAAAGAAUGGCCAUUCACAGCGACGUAAGUGACGAUAUCCAUGAGGUCAAAAAUAACAUUUAAAAAAAUUCUAAUAAUGUAAAAUAACUUAUUCCCAGAACCUUUCCCGAGAAGAUUCAGGGUAGGAUGUGCAAAGAAAAAUGAAUAGACAAUGAAAGGUUGGCAAUACACCACAAAUAGCAUCACAGGUGGAUAAAUAAAUUGUGUAGUCUACAAAUACACUUUACAAAUUCUCGGGUCUUCCGUUCAAAUCACUUUCUCUGGUAGACCAUGAAGUCAAAAUCCUAAUACAUACAAAGUAGUAGUACGUUAUCAAUGUCAUAUGAUUCGGCCCAUUUCAAUCAAUCAAUCAAUCAAUCAAUCAAUCAAUCAAUCUGUUUUAUUUGUCACAUGCACAUAUCAGUGCAGUGAAAUGAUUUUGCCAGCAGCGUUUCAAUAAAAAAAGAGAACACACAAUACACAAUAAGAUUUAACACAAACAUCCACCACAGCAUUCUUCACUGUGGUGGAAGGCACAAAGUACAGUCAGUCCUCCUCCAUUGUUCACCCGUGGUCGGGGCCAUAAACCUCCGCAGUCGCCGCUUUGGGCGACCGGAUGUACAGGCCCUCUCAUCGGGACGGUCGAACACACUCCGAGGCUUGGAGGUCCCGAAUCGGCGCUUUCCUACCGGAGACCGCGGCUUCAGGGUGUUGUAGGCCGCAGGCUGGCAGUCUGAGCUCUUCUGUGGCUGUCCACGGCGAGGGGACCCAAGCUCCGGAUGGUAAGUCCAUGCCGCGCCCGCGGCUAGAAGCUCCGCAGACCGCAGCUUUAGGAUAUAACAGUCUGUGGGCCAGCAAUCGGAGCACUCCCUUCUGGCGACCCCGGCAAGGGCUCGGCCGCUCCGCGAUGAAAAGUCCACUGCUGAAACUACGGGCCCGACUCCACGAAAAGCCACUCCAAUCCAUGCUGUUGGGCUGCGAGGGAGGCAACAUGAAAAAGCGGUUCCACCCUUACCCUCCCUCACCACCCCCCACACAAGACACACUGAGACACACUAAAAACAAGUUAAAAAUGUAGAAAUAACGAACACUAUGCAGGCAGGGCAGCCGUCUUGCAGCGCCCGCACCGACCACCUCUUCCCCUCUUUAAAUCUAGUAUUACCCAUGAAAGAAAAAGCCCCAACAUAAAAGCAAAUGCAAGAUCAAUGUGAUUACCACUGAUUUGAAAAUCAAAUCCAGGCAUUUUCAGGGUUUGUAUUAUACUUAGUUUCACUGUGGAAGCAUGUUAGAUUUUCCCAUCCCAGCUAACUUUGCCAAAUAUGGCUCCCCCAUAAGUGUUUUUCAGUUUUAAAUUACAGAUGAUUUUAUAAUCCAUAAAUUCUAAUUCUUCCAUUUGGUUUUAACUCUGUAACUCAGUGUCAUGGGACAUUUAUUUCAUCAAAGAUUCCUCCCAUAAAGUGAAUAUGAAGCACUCAUGUAAUUCUGAAGGCAACGUUUUAUUUUCUUGUUUGUUGUGGCUUAAAAAUUGAGUCUAAUUUCCCUGAUUUGAGAGUACAAAUUUGUUGGUAGUUUUAGGAGGAUGAAGUCAGAGUCUGAAGAAGGGUCUCGACCCAAAACGUCACCCAUUUCUUCUCUCCAGAGAUGUUGCCUGUCCCGCUGAGUUACUCCAGUAUUUUGUGUAUAUCUUUGAUUUAAACCAGCAUCUGCAGUUCUUUUCUACACGUCAGUUUGCCAAUGAUAAGAAUGUAUUUCACUCUGCUACAAUGCAGAAUUAUUCUUUGGUUUUUGUUUUACUUUGAAAAGAAUUUAGUUAAUUUUGACAUUCUCUGUUAGAAUGAGAAACGUUCUAUGUGUAGAUCAAAUUCCAUUACAUGAGUGUCACUGGUAAAAAGAGAUGACAUAGGAUUGCUGUCUCUAUGGUGAGCAAGAUUCCUUGUUUCUCCCACUCCCAGUGUUAGAGGAACACUCUUGCCUGCCUGGCAAGAGUGUACAUGGCAUUUUUUAUAAACAUAACAAUUUAGAUUUCUUUAACAGUUUAUUUUCGGACCUAAAUUUAAUUGAGCUUCUUAUAAAUUGAAAGUUUUUUGGCAAAUCCCCUCAGCUUUAUCAAAAAAAUAGUUUCAUGUUGGAUCAUUUAAGAUGAAAAAUGGGAUAUUUGUAAUUAUUUGAGCCUCACAGAGCCAGUAGGGAACCUGCUAUUAACAUGUACAGAAACAUUAUUGAGUAGUUCAGGGCUUUGCAUGGUAUUAGCAUGUUUAGCAUCAACCUUGUAAUUUUUUAUCACCAUUAGAUCUAACUGUAGCAAUUUUGUUUAUAUUCAUGGCUUUAGAAUUUGCCUAAAGUUUCAUCCAUCCAUAAGCUUGUGAUUAGUUUCUCCAAAUGCCUUCAUACAGAUCUUUACUACAGAUCAUGAAAGCAAUCAUAAUUUUCAACCUUCCUAACACCAAAUGCUGUAAACUCCUCUACUAACUGCUUUCAACACAGAAACGCUGCGAUUAUAGAAGUCCCCUGCAUCAAUUUCCAUGUUUCUUCCAGAAAUGUUCCUUCAUUGCCAUUCAUCUUGUAGGCAAGUAAGUGGCACUUUGUAAUACAUGGUUUUCAGUAAGCGUGUGAUAAUGUCAUCAUAUAGUAUUUUGUACAACAAAUUUGGCAGGAUUAAUGGUACAUGAUUCCUUUUCCUGAAUGACAUCUUGAGGAUUUGUAACAACCACUGGUGAGCAAAAAGGAAACUAAGGUCAUGACCCAAUAGAGCGACCAUCCUUUGCCUCCACAGAUGUUGCUUGACCCAAAUAAACUGCAGACAUCACCAGUCUGCUUUUUGCUCCAGAUUCCAACACCUGCAGCGUCAUUUUUUGUCUCAAACCUCUUCAGAGAACAUGCAAUUAAACAUAUUUUUUAUGAUUUAACAAUUUAACCACAACUUGUCAGGUUAACUGGCCUUAGUUUCCCAGCUGUGAUUACUUCCACAUUUUAAAUAUUUACAUGAUUAGAGUCCUCCUGAAACCUCUUGAAACCACCCAGGAAUCCCAAACUGUUAAUUAUUAACAAAAUGGCAUAUUUACACAGUAUUAAUAUUUGUGUACUCUUCCAAUAAACACGGGUAGGGUUUGGCUCGAUUAUGUCUUUUGAACUGAAAAUUCAUAUUUAAUAAAAUUAUUCUGUUUAGUGCAUCCCAAUAUAAAUGGGCCUUGGUCAGCUUGUUAAAGUUUAUAUUAGCUCAAGGGCUAGUUCAGUCCACUUGUAAAAUAGAAUCAAGAAUUGCACUGCACUCUUCAAUUGGUGGCUAAAACUUAGCAAAUUUGGCAAUGACACCAAAUACCCUUUAUCUCCCUUUGCUCUUAUGUGAAAAAUGAAGCAAGAAGCAAAAUGUUUCAUAAGUAAAAUAUUAAUUCAAAAUAUUAAGAUUAUAUCACUAGAACUAUGAAUGGGAAAAUACACAGUUAAACUGUGAAUAGGAAAAUACACAUUUAAAAGUCAUUAUUUCAGAUUAAUUGAGAGAAAUUAAACAGAAUUGUUGCAUCCACAUAAAGUAUAGCCAGUGAGUGGAUGGAUUGGUUUUGAACACAUUUUCAAUGAAGCAGUUUUAGUUGUGCUGGAACUGUGAAACUUUGAAGACCCUUUUACAUGUACAAUUUGAUGUUGAUUUUUCUUUAAAGCUUAUGCUUAGAUGAAUUGGUGAAGAGCAAUGCUGCCAUGUGUGUGUGUUUAUAUGAGGUUUAAAUAGCUUUUUUAAAAUAAAUAAUCAUCUAACCCUGUAGCCUUACUGGGUUGCAAGUUGCAAAGCUGUCUUACAAUGUGAAUGAAGGGAAUUGUGCUGUUAUUGACCAUAGUGCAGAGUGUCCAGAUCCUGCUUCAAUGGAUUGUUUUAUUUAUGGUCUUCUUGUGCUUUCUGAACGUUAUGUGGAACCUGACAAGCCUGAAAGAAAUUUUGUAUAAAUUUGUACAAUACUCUUUAAAAAAAAAAAGUUUAUAAUCUUAGAAAUGUUGUGUUACUUUAUUCUUGUGCAAAUAUAUUCAGAAUAAAAGAUUUAUCAGUUAAAUCAUUAAACUGC